CCGAGGAAGUUUGGUCCUUCUCGAACGCCGACGUCACGGCCGCCGCACUUGGAGCGAACCAAGCCGAAUUUCGAGUUUGGAGUUUGAAGUUUGUUUUGUCGCUCUCCCGCCGAUGGCUCCCAGCGCGCAGCUCAAAGAGGCGAUGGCCGACGUGCACGAGGGCAUCCGGGCCAUCCUGCUGGGCCCCCCCGGCGCCGGGAAGGGGACUCAGGCCCCCCGACUCGCCGAGCGCUACUGCGUUUGUCACCUGGCCACCGGGGACAUGCUGAGGGCCAUGGUGGCGACGGGCUCGGAGCUGGGCAAGAAGCUCAAGCGCACCAUGGACGCCGGCAAGCUGGUGAGCGACGAGAUGGUGGUGGAGCUCAUCGAGAAGAACCUGGACGCGCCCCCCUGCGAGAAGGGCUUCCUCUUGGACGGGUUCCCCCGCACGGUCAAGCAAGCCGAGCUGUUGGACGAGCUGCUGGACAAGCGACGCGAGCGGCUGGACGCGGUGGUCGAGUUAGCCGUGGACGAUUCCCUGCUGGUGCGCAGGAUCUGCGGCAGACUGAUUCAUCAGCCCAGCGGCCGCUCCUACCACGAGGAGUUCAACCCCCCCAAAGAGGCCAUGAAAGAUGACGUGACCGGCGAGCCUCUGAUCCGCCGCAGCGACGACAACGAGACGACGCUGCGCUCCCGCCUGGACGCGUACCACCGCCAGACGGCGCCUCUGGUCCAGUACUACGGCGCCAGGGGCCUCCACGCGGCCGUGGACGCCGCCAAGACCCCCGACGUGGUCUUCGCCUCCAUCGUGGCCGCGUUCGCCGCCGUCCCGGCCCGCGCCGGAGCCGCCGCCGCCCGUAAGCUUUCCCUUUCCGGCCUUGACGACGUCACCGGUUUCGGCCGCUCGUAAAGGUUGUUUGUCGUUCGCUCGGCGAGUACAGUUGGGAAAAGAGACGUUUUGAUGACUCAACACAACUCUAAAGAGUCGCCACAACGGCUGUAAAUUUGUUCCGAAAGUGAAAUAAUCCAAAGGGGGGGGCUGCGCGUUUCCUGCAUUCCGAUGAGAAGGCGAGAAAAUAAAAUGGCGGCAGACGUUGGCCGCCCGCUUUGAUGGGCAAAGUCCCCACGAUGCCAACCAACACACCCUCUUGUGUUUCUUUUGUG